AUGCACUUGCCGCCCACCUUGCUGCCCGCGCCGCCCUCGCAGGUGCACCAGAGCUACCACCCCGACUGCGAGGCCGCCAUCAACAGCCAUUUCAACCUGGAGUUCCACGCCUCCUUAGUGUGCCUGGCCACGGCCGUUUACCUCGACCGCGACGACGUGGCCUUGAAGCACUUCACCCGGUUCUUCCUGCGCCGCUCCCGCGAGCACAGCAUGCGGGCCCGGUGCCUGAUUCGCCUGCAGACCCAGCGCGGGGGCCGCCUCGACUUCCAAGACAUCAGGAGCCCAGUCAGUGUCAACUGGAAGAGCGGCCUCAAGGCCAUGAAGUGCACCUUGUUCCUGGAAAAGUUCAUGAACCACAGCCUGCUCCACCUGCACCAGCUGGCCAUCGACAAGAGCGACCCCUACCUGCACCACUUCCUGGCAACUCACUACCCCAGCCAGCAGGUGGCGUUCAUCAGGGAGCUGGAGGGUCAUGUCACCAGCCUGAGCAUGAUGGGGGCCCCGGACGUCGACCUGGCAGGGUCCCUCUUUGACAAGCUCACCCUGGGCAACAGCGACAAGAACUGA